GCGUUCCGCGUGUUUGCGCCGGCAGUCAGCGAGCGGCGUUCACUCGAGUCGGUCGUUGCACGCCUGUGUGCGAUGCGUGUGUGAUAACACGAGCGAACAUAAACAACAACGACGCGGAACCGACUUGGGGGGCGAAGAGUGUAACCGCGCAUCACUUUGAUCUGUGUUCAUCAUCUGCGGCGGGGCACUCUUUCACUACACCGCUGCUGCUUCUUCUGCGACGAAGAUACACAAGGCGAAGAGAUGCGGACGUCGUCGUCGGCACGGCAGCGCGCACCACGCGAACGGUGAUGUCUAUUUUCGUCUGCGGUGCUGGUCGCGUCCAUCUCGCGCUGGGAUUAUUUUCGAGGAUUUGAUUUUGGAUGGAUCCAUGUGUAAAAAUUCAGCUCGCAGCCAGCGGCAGGCCGACACAGGCACAUCAAGCUCAAAUCGAAACCGGCAGCGUAAUCUUAAUCACACCCCCGAGUGCAAAACCACCCUCCAACUAUAAUCCACACUACUACGCCUACUUAAAACUACAUUUCGUAUUUAAUUUUUAACCACACGUGAUAUUAGUCUCAUAUCGACGCAUGUUUAGCUCUUUUAUUUCGUAAAUACUUAGUGUUUUUAUCUCAUUGUGUUUGCAAUAAGCGAGACUUCCUGUUCGCGGUUAUAUUAACAGUUAAUUAAUCGAUUCAUGUGCAAUUCGUCGAGUUGACUUACGCGCGGAUAUGCACGUACACGGUGUGUGCGCCAUUCUGGCGACGUUGAGCGCCAUCGUGCGGCCGGCGUCCACUCAGCACUAUACUCGGCAGUGGGUGAUGCAUGUACCAGGGGGCGCUACGGUCGCUGAUCAAGUUGCUGCUGAUCAUGGAUUUCACAAUUUAGGAGAGAUAUUCCAAGACUAUUAUCACUUCUCCCACCCGAGGAUAGUCCGCAGGUCAACUUUUCCUCAUCAUGGUAAACGUGUACAGCUGGCGGUUGAUACCCGCAUUGCUUGGGCACAACAGCAACGUGCCAAACGACGCGCGAAGCGAGACUUCCAAGAUUUCAUCCUAUAUUCAGACCCUCGAUGGCCCUCAAUGUGGUACCUCAAUCGAGGCAACGGUAUGGACAUGAAUGUCAUCCCUGCGUGGCAGGAGGGUAUCACUGGUAAAGGAUCAGUGGUUACCAUCCUUGAUGAUGGCUUAGAGAAGGACCAUCCUGACCUCAUUCAAAACUAUGAUCCAAUGGCGUCUUAUGAUGUAAACAAUCAAGACACAGAUCCAAGCCCACGAUAUGAUAUGAUCGAUUCCAAUCGGCAUGGUACCCGAUGCGCUGGGGAGGUAGCUGCCACCAGUAAUAACUCAAUCUGCUCUCUUGGUGUGGCACAUGGCGCUCAGGUGGGAGGUGUGCGAAUGUUGGACGGGGAUGUCACAGAUGCAGUGGAGGCACGGUCCCUGAGUUUGAAUCCACAACAUAUUGAUAUCUACAGCGCCUCCUGGGGACCUGACGAUGAUGGGAAGACAGUGGAUGGGCCUGGGGAGCUCGCAACUCGGGCUUUUGUUGAAGGUGUGACUAAGGGUCGGAAUGGGAAGGGGUCUAUUUUUGUGUGGGCUUCGGGGAAUGGUGGUCGUGACCAUGACAACUGCAACUGUGAUGGGUAUACGAAUUCCAUAUACUCGUUGAGUAUCUCCAGCGCUACGGAACAUGGUCGCGUGCCGUGGUAUAGUGAAGCUUGUAGCUCAACCCUUGCUACUACUUAUUCUAGUGGUGAAGUUGGGGAGCGGCAAGUGAUUACCACGGAUUUACAUCAUGCAUGCACAGCUAGCCAUACAGGUACUUCAGCGUCAGCUCCAUUGGCAGCUGGGAUCUGUGCGCUUGCAUUGGAAGCGAAUCCCAAGUUGACUUGGAGAGAUAUGCAGCAUAUCGUGGUGAGGACUGCAAGACCCCAACGUUUGAUCGCCCAUGAUUGGCAAACCAAUGGAGUUGGAAGGAAUGUGUCACAUAGUUUUGGGUAUGGGUUGAUGGAUGCGCAUGCUAUGGUCAAGUUAGCCCGGAAGUGGAUUACUGUUCCGGAGCAGCAUAGUUAUGAGGUCAAUGCACCUCAAACAGACAAGAAAAUCCCAGCUAGAAGCGUGGUGGUCCUGUCAUUGACGGUAACCGAUGCGGGGCAAGUGAAGGUCCUCGAACAUGUCCAAGCCAAGUUGACCAUCAGUUCCCACAAGCGAGGAGACCUAAACAUCCAACUGAUAUCACCAAUGGGGACAAGGGUGACACUUCUAGCGCACCGAAUCCAUGACCUUUCCAGGAAUGGUUUCACCCAUUGGCCCUUCAUGUCGGUUCACUCGUGGGGCGAGUCACCAUUGGGCACCUGGACGUUGGAGGUCCACAAUGAUGGACGUCUCUUAGCCGAGGUUCACGCAUGGGAUUUGGUGUUCUACGGUACUGCUACUCCCCCGGCGGUAGAUGGCAGUGUGAGUAAAGACACGCCUUCAAUGACGAAAGCACCCGCCUACUCUCCAUCAGAGGACAUCAACGAGAAUGUGAUAGAUUCCGAUGAGGAACCAAAUGGUAAUCCGGAGAUUCGUAAAGAUUUGAUGGAGGAGGAGGAGUUCUCGCAGCAGGCGAUGAGCGGCUGCAAGCAUUCGCGAGGUGGCGUGUGCAUAGUUUGCAUGGAAGGUUACUACUUCUUCGACAACUCCUGCGUGGACCGCUGUCCACUAGGCUUCUACGUGGUCACCUACACCGAAUACAACUAUGAUCCCUCCGAGGUGCCCGCCAUCUUGGCGUGUGAGCCGUGCCAUUACUCCUGCAAGGCGUGCAACGCAAGCAAUGACUAUUCCUGUACUGAAUGCUUCCCCGAUGCUUUUCUGUACAAUCGCACCACCUCCGAGCACUAUUGCUACCCUCUGACUAUACAAACCUCUCUUCUGGAAGAAGUGUGGUGUUUCCGCGUCUUCAUCACACUCCUUCUCGCCUUAACAAUCAUUAUCAUAGUUGCGAUUGUUUUUAUCUUAAAAAAAACUCGACAAAAUCGAAAAAAUCCACAAAACAGUCGUUUUAUGAAGAUGGACUCAUUGAUGCACAUCAGGGACAUCGAGCGGCGGGUCAAGUCGGCCGUCUACAGUGACAGCGAAUGACUUUUUGACAUAGAUGAUAAAAAAAUUGACUAUCCAACUGUUUAAUAAUGUUAACACUUACGUAACGUGAUAUUUUCAUAUCUAAGUUAUCUGAUUAGAUAGCGACCUUCUGAGUGACUUAAUUUUAGCUAAGUAAACAAGAUGGCGACGUAGAUUUCAGUGAAAAAUCCGAAAAUGCAACACGUUUGCCACUUUGUUGACUUUGAACUUAAGAUUUUACAAUGACAAUCAACAGCGCUGCGAAACAACUUUACUGUAUCGUAAAUAAACUUAAUUUUACAUCA